AUGUACAAUCGCGGAGCUCUAGGUCUAGUCCUAUUUAUCAGCUGGUUGGUGUUUGCUAAUGGAGACUACUUAAUAGGUGUGGGGAGCAACGACAUGACCGGCCCGGCAGCCGGAGUCAACAUGAUGGGGUAUGCUAACAUGGAGCAAGUCACCAGUGGCAUACAUUUCCGGCUCCGGGCACGUGCCUUCGUCGUUGCUGAGACCACAAAAGGUGGUGCCCGGAUCGCCUAUGUUAAUCUUGAUGCUGGGAUGGCUUCCCAACUUGUCACUAUUAAAGUCCUUGAGAGACUAAAAUCAAGAUAUGGAGAGUUGUACAAUGAAGGAAAUGUUGCGAUAAGUGGCACUCACACUCAUGCUGGUCCAGGAGGCUACCUGCAGUAUGUGACUUACUCGAUAACUUCGCUUGGCUUCGUCCCCCAAUCUUUCGACGCUCUUGUCACUGCAAUCGAGCUUAGCAUCGUCCAGGCUCACGACAAUCUCAAGCCCGGUUCAAUUUUAAUCAACACAGGGGAUGUGGAGAACGGUGGGAUAAACAGGAGCCCGAGCGCAUACCUUUUCAACCCUCCAGAGGAAAGGAGUAGGUAUCCGAGCAACGUCGACACACAAAUGACUUUGAUGAAGUUUGUGGAUAAAAGCAGCGGGAAAAGCACGGGCGCCUUCAGCUGGUUUGCGACGCAUGGGACUUCCAUGAGCAAGGAGAAUAAGCUCAUCAGCGGCGACAAUAAAGGCGCUGCUGCUAGAUUCUUCGAGGACUGGUUCACUUCUACUACUACCAACACUUCCUCUUCUUAUCAUAAAAGGAUCAAGGCUUCAUCUGCAUCGAGAAUCAAGGCCACGGGAGGGCAAUCGUGCUCCAAGACAGCUAGCCAGAGCGCCAAGGUGAGGAAGAAUGACGGGUCGCGAUUUGUGGGGGCGUUUUGUCAGUCGAACGUGGGAGAUGUGAGCCCCAACGUAUUAGGAGCUUUUUGCUUGGACAGUGGAAAGCCAUGUGACUUUAAUCACUCUUCUUGCCAUGGCAACGAUCAGCUUUGUGUUGGCCGUGGUCCAGGAUAUCCAGAUGAGAUCUUGAGCACCAAGAUGAUUGGCGAGAGGCAAUUCCAGAAGGCUGUGGAUUUAUUCACGUCUGCUGGUGAGGAAAUCGCCGGGAAGAUUGAUUACCGGCAAACCUACUUGAAUAUUACAGAUAUAGAAGUUGUGUUGGAUAAUAAGCAGGUGGUGAAAACUUGCCCUGCUGCACUAGGUCCCGGUUUUGCAGCCGGGACUACCGAUGGCCCUGGCGUUUUCGGUUUUCAACAAGGUGACACCGAGAUUAAUGAAUUCUGGAAGAAAGUGAGGGAUGCUAUUGGAGAACCUAGCCCAUAUCAAGUUGAAUGUCAAAAGCCCAAAGCUGUCCUUCUUGACACAGGAGAAAUGUUUUGGCCUUAUGCUUGGGCGCCAGCAGUUGUACCAAUUCAAAUUCUGAGGUUGGGGAAAUUGGUGAUACUUUGUGUACCAGGAGAGUUCACAACAAUGGCGGGCAGAAGACUGCGGGAGGGAGUGAAGGAGACGCUGAUGAGGUCGGGAGGAGGGGAAUUCGACAACGCCACUCAGGUGGUUAUAGCCGGCCUAACAAACACGUAUUCCCAGUAUGUAGCCACCUUUGAGGAGUACAAACAGCAGCGCUACGAGGCUGCAUCAACUCUCUACGGCCCUCACACGCUAUCCGCAUACAUCCAAGAAUUCAAGAAGCUGGCCCUAGCACUGGCAGGAGGCGAUAGCCACGUCGUGAAAGGUCCAUCGCCUCCUGAUCUCUCAUCACUGCAGCUGAGCCUCUUGCAAGACCCCACCGGGGACUCUCCUCCGCCUGGGGUGAAAUUUGGUGACAUAAAACACGACACUAAAAGUGGGCCCUUCAAGGCUGGGGAUAGGAUUAACGCUACGUUUUGGAGCGCAAACCCGAGAUAUGAUCUGCUGACGGAAGGCACAUUUGCGGUGGUGGAGAUGCAGCAGCAGGGUGAUAAAUGGAUAGCUGUUUAUGACGAUGAUGAUUUCUGCGUUUUCUUCAAGUGGAAUGGUCCGUUGUAUAGUUCGAAUAGCACGUAUGGGCUAGCCACGGUCGAGUGGGAGGUGCCGCAAGAGGCGAGCCUAGGGGUGUAUCGGUUGAGACAUUACGGAUCGUUUAAGACUACUAAAGAAUCCCCAGUGAAGUAUUUCACAGGAGCUGCUUCUGGAUUCAGUGUUGUCAUGAAUUAG